AAAUCGAAAUAGAGAAUGUUAACGACACCAUUUCUUAUUUAAUCCAUUAUUAUAAAACUUCCCUAAAAAGACAAGCAAGACAACAAAUCAACAAACAUUUUCAAAAUACUGACUUUUUUAACAACCAAUACCAAUAGCCUUUUUUCUGGCUGCGUUUGGUCAGGUCUGUAACGUCAGGCACUCCUGCUACUGACUUCGGUACAGUACAGUAGUACUUCUUCGACACAAAUAACAUCAACAUGGCAUCGCAGCCUCCUCCCAAACCAUGGGAAAGGCGGAUUCCAGGAGCUAUGGGUGCCCCAGUAAAUUAUCGGUCAGCAGAAUUUGGUCCAGCUGGUCCUUCCACCUUAUCAGGACCACCGGUUCUGACCCGUAUGACUCCACCACUCCCCCCUCGCCCCGUCCAGCAAUCCUACCGUCCUGCCUUCAACUCCAUCCCGUCUUCCUACAGUCCCUAUGGAAGCUCCAUGUACCCGGGAUACAGCCCUUACAGCUACAGCGGUGGCUAUGGCCUUGGCGGCUACAACCGCUUGCCCCCGUCCGAGGACGUGGCUCCCAGCCGCUUUGUGCAGCAGGCUGAGGAAAGCAGCCGCGGGGCCUUCCAGUCCAUCCAGAGCAUCGUCCAGGCCUUUUCCUCCGUGAGCAUGAUGCUGGACGCCACCUUCUCCGCCGUCUAUAACAGUUUCCGGGCGGUGUUGGACGUAGCCAACCACUUCACACGACUUCGGGUGCACUUCACCCGUGUCUUCUCUGCGUUUGCACUGGUACGCACUUUGAGAUACCUCUACCGACGCAUGCAGAGGCUCCUCGGGCUGAGGCAGGAUGCUGAAGUUGAGGACUUGUGGGCAGACAGUGCAGGAGAUGUGUUGGCGACCACUGCUGCGAGAGGGGUUGGAGCCGGAGUAGAUGACCCCAGAGGCACGGUCAAAUCCUGGCCCAUCUUCCUGUUUCUGGCGGUCGUCCUCGGUGGACCGUAUUUGAUCUGGAAGCUGCUGAGCUCCACCCAGGAGACUGAAGACACUGCUAUCAACUGGGCCAGUGGGGAGGAUGACCAUGUGGUGGCCAAGGCUGAGUACGACUUCACAGCCGCGUCUGAGGAGGAGGUCUCUAUGCAGGCUGGAGAUAUGCUCAACCUUGCCCCAAAAGAGCUACAGCCCAGGGUACGUGGCUGGCUGCUGGCCAGCGUGGAUGGCCAGACCACAGGCCUCGUCCCAGCCAACUAUGUAAAGGUUCUUGGUAAGAGGAGAGGGCGUAAGCACGCUGAACAAGAUAGGCUGACCCAGGCUCAGCAAAGCAACCCAGAGGGCCUCAACCUGCUUCAAAACCAUCAACCUGCUCUGGCAACUUGCCCAGGGCCAACUUCGGUCCCAAGCUUCACCCCAGUUGUAUACCCCGGCUCAGCCAGCACCCAGGGUAGCUCACAGGAGCUGCUGGAGUCAGUGUACAGAGAAACAGAAAUACCCCUCAACACAGGAGCACCUUACUCUAGUAUAGCCUCAAGCACUGUGCUGACCAUACCAGAGAGAAUUGACCUGUGAUAACGUAAGUGUCUGUGUGUUUGUUUAGGUUCUACAAAAAGUGAAGUCAGAUGCUCAAAUAUCAAUUUUUGUCCAAUGAUUGUAAUCUCAAUAAGAUUCAACGUUUGAAGUGUCUCUUAGCACAGUUAAACUGUGUAAUUACAGGUUAUUUUCAGAAUUCAUGAAUAUGUUUCAAUAGGUUGAUGCUGAUACUGGGGUUCAUCAUAUUGGACACCUGAAAACCGUUCUGCUUUCUGUUGAUUUGUGGUUGAUGAAUUCUCAUUAAGGCUUAAACGUAGCAGUCUGGGUUCCACGUUCACAAUUUAGGCUUGGUAAUGUGAUACACGUUCUAAUCAUGUGAUAUAUUUAAUUCUCAGAAAUUAGUUUUACAAAAUGUUCAUUGAUAGACCACCAGUGCACCUUUCUCUAUGUUAGCAGUUUCUCAACCAGCCAAAAUGGUCCUGAGAAUAACUUUUAUGCCUUUGUUGGAUGUGUUGUUGCAGCCACUUCAAUAAAUUACAAAGUUUCAAAUCAGACACAGACAUUUUACCCUGUUCCAAUCAUGAAUUGGUUCUUAGAGAUAGCUAGGCUAAUGUUAUGUUCAAAUGUUGGUAAAAUUGUAUGUGUAGCCAAUGGUUACAUGUUUAGAAGGAUGGUGUGGAUGGAAAAAUGUGUAUGAUGUUGGAUCAUUUUCAGAAUCAAGCCCUGUUUGAGCCUGUAAUUAAAACUUUGUAAUUAAG